AUGGAACACAACCCUAGGCGACGUCGUGGAAGAACCAGGGCGACAUUAAUUCAGACACGAUCUUUUGCGCCGAAAACAAAAAUUUCUUCAUUAUUUGAUGGUCUCUGUAACCUGCUUAUCAUGUCGAGUUUGAUGGGAGUUAUUUUUUUGUCAUUGGAACACCAUUGUAAUGUAUGCAGAAGCAAGUGUGAUGUGUUCAGUAUUGCAAAAGAACUCAACGAUAUAAGUAAUAAUUUAACGGACAUGAAAAACUCCUACACGUAUUUGGAAUCUCGUAUCCUCAAAUUUUCUGAGGAGCUACCAAAAAUAGAAGGUCAAGUGGACAUUUUAGAAGCAUUGGCAAAUACAAUAGAACGGGGUAACUUCGGAUGGAACCCGAAAACGCACCUGGCUCUUCCAAACGUCGACGUUUUUCUGAAUGGAGAUUUCAAAGUCAAAACAGCAAAUAAAACUAAAAUAUCGUGGUAG